AUGGUUACACUGCCAGCAAACUCAAUCUUGUUCACCCUUCCUGCAUUUUUGUCAGCACUUGCAGGGUUUGAUCGGAUCCAAAGCUAUCUGUUAGAGCCUAUCCAAGAAGACGGUCGCAUUAUCCUUGCGAGUGAGGCAGAGACUUCAUUUGCAGGUAGUACGCCAAAGCAUGAUGAGCAUGUGACUAUCGAGUCUGACAGAGCUUGUGCUAUUUCGGUUGAAGAUCUGACGGUCACCUAUGGAAAUGGAUCCAGACCUGUGCUGCAGAAAAUGACUUUUAGUGUUGGCAGUGGUUCGAUUGUCAUCACCACGGGAGCCACUGGCUCUGGUAAAACAACAUUGCUCAGGUCUAUCAUAGGAGAUCUACAACCCGAAACUGGGACAGUACUGGCGACUUCUAGAGUGAUGGCAUACUGUGCCCAGUCAUCCUGGUUAGGAAAAGGUACGAUUCGUGAUAAUAUUGCAGGACCUCCUGGCUCUAAAGUGAUAGACGAAGAUUGGUAUCGACGAGUAAUUAGAGCUUGCGAUCUGGAAUAUGACCUUCAAAAGCUGCCUGCGGGAGACCGCACGAUUAUCGGCAAUGGAGUAUCCAAGGCACUCGCCCGAGCUAUAUAUUCUGGGCUAGACAUUCUUGUUCUUGAUGAUGUGUUUAGCGCACUUGAUGCUCGAACUGCUGGACGCAUCGGCAAUCGGUUGCUAGGUCCAGCUGGUCUGUUUCGUGAACUCGGCAAAACUGUUAUCCUGAGCACACACACAGACAAUGUUAUUGUGCUUGAGAAUGACGGGAGCAUUGCUGAGCAGGUUCCAUGGGAUAAAAUCAAAGGCCAAGCUCACUUCAACAGUCUGAAGUCACCUGAGGUCUUUGAUAUAAGCGACGACGAUUCCGAAGAAACCAAUAACACGCCCUUUCAACCCGAGGAACCGCCUAAGGCAAGGACAUCGUUGGAUUCGAACCGUCAAACGGGAAACGGAGCCAUAUAUUGGCACUAUAUUCAAGCCAUUGGAAAAAACCGUGUUUUCGCCACCCUUCUCAUUAUGAUUUCUUCCGCGACUUUUGCUGUGCUCAUCCAGACAUGGCUUCGGUGGUGGUCAGCGGACAAAGAAGCAGGACACCGGGUAUGGCUCCAUAUUACAAUUUAUCUUGCUCUCUCCCUUGCCCAUUGGUGCGCUCUCGCCAGUAUCAGCACUGUUUCGCUGCUCAUACUAUUGAAGACAGUGAUCAAGGCCCCAUUGGCAUUCAUCACCUCCACUGAUAUCGGCACUACUCUGUCGCGAUUCAGCCAAGACAUGACACAAGUCGACCGCCGCCUACCUGGUCAACUUCUUGCCCAGGUCUUUUUGCUUUUCAUGGCUCAGACAUACAUGCUUGUCACUUUUCCUAUUCUGGUCCUGGUCAUCUAUCUUCGCUUUCUGGAGACCGUCCAGGGAAUCGCGACCAUCCAUGCCAAAGCAGUCGACGCAGCACAAUUACCCUCAUAUACCCUCUUCUCAAUCGAACAGUGGCUUGCCCUGGUACUCGACUUGAUAGUCGCCGGGGUGGCCCUCCUCAACGUGACCCUCAUAGUCACCCUAAGCGAUAGCCUCACGGCCGGCGACGUGGGAAUAAGCAUGAACGUGAUCCUGACAGUCAACAUGGUCCUAUUGAUCACCGUUCAAUCAUGGGCGAACUUCGAUGCUUCGCUAGGCACCGUGACCCCAGAGCCAGAACCAAGCUCACCAGUUACACCACCCCCAUCAUGGCCCGCCAGCGGCGCGGUCGAAGUGAGAAACAUCGUUGCAGACUACGCCCAGCCCACGGAAUCAUCAUCAUCAUCAUCAUUGACAACCGGCCACCCUCUCGACCACAUCUCCUUGAAAGUGGCCCCUGGCACGACAAUCGGCAUCUGCGGCCGGACCGGCAGCGGCAAAUCCUCCCUCUUCCUAACUUUCGUGCGCCUCCUCGAGCUGUCCACGGGUACCAUCACCAUCGACGGCCUCAACCUAACCUCUAUCUCCCAAGACGUGGUCCGGUCCCGACUACUCACCCUCCCCCAAGACCCAUUCAUUCUCCCCAGCGACUCCGUGCGCGCAAACCUCGACAAGAAUGGAACCGCAACAAACAACGAGAUCCUAGAUGCGCUACACAAGGUCCAUCUCUCCACUCUUUUCGAAAACAGAGCAAUGGAUUCCGGCUUCCCACCGACAUUCUUCCUCGACGUGCCGAUGAACCAGUGGCCUCUAUCGCAGGGCCAGUUGCAGCUUUUCUCUCUCGCGCGCGCGCUUCUGCUUCGUCGGUCGCGCGGGAAGGUCAUUCUGCUCGAUGAGGCAACGAGUAGUAUCGAUCUGGAGACAGAUGGCCUGAUACAACAGGUCCUGCGUGAGGAGUUCAGAGGAUAUACUGUUCUUGUUGUGGCGCAUCGGCUGGAAACUAUUGCUGAUGCGGACGCCGUGGUUGUUUUGGAUCAGGGCCGCGUUGCGGAGGUGGGGAAUGUCUAUGAGUUGCUACAGCGUAAAGGAUCGGUGCUGAGAGCUCUUUUUGGUCGGGAAUCUUACGCCGUUGAAUAG